CAGUUGCAAGUGAAUCUAAUCCGGUCGCACGCGUCCGGCUAUGGCCAACCGCUGUCGCCUUCGAAGGCCCGAAUGCUUUUGGCACUUCGCAUCAACGUUUUGGCAAAAGGCUACUCGGGUAUUUCGCUGCAGAACCUGCACAAACUUAUUGCAGCCUUCAAUGCGUACUGCGUGUCGUACGUGCCCGAGAAAGGGAGUGUGGGCGCGAGUGGUGACCUUUGCCCUUUGGCACAUUUAGCGUUGGGUCUGAUCGGGGAGGGCAAAAUGUGGUCACCUUCGACCGGUUGGGACGACGCUUCCGUUGUCCUGAAGAAGAACAAUUUAGAACGCAAUAUUUAUUAUUUCUUUUUAUAA